AAGCCCGUUAAGCGAAAGCUUCUCCUAUUCCGUUCUCAACCAUUUGAACCAUUUGAGAAAGCUUCUUCCAUUCCGUCCAGAAUCGUUCGAGCUAUUUGAACGCACCAGUAAUUUUGCCGCUGUUUGACCUUGAUGUGCGCAAUGUACUCCGAUGCAUUGGAUGCCUUCUUAAGAUCCAUAUGUCGCUCUUGUUUUUAGUGUGGUACCUACGAUUUAUUUCAUGCAUUGGUAGUCGGUAAUAUAGAUACAGUUUGUAGUAAUCUUAUCUGUACGGUUGCUGAGGUUACAAGUUUUUGAGACAGGGUUCAGUAAGACGCAGACGUACAAGUGCUCGUACUAGAAUAUGAUUCAAGUCUAAACAUUUUCUCCAGAAUGAGUGCCAGUCUUUUAUCGAACCUCUCCAACGAUGGUUGGCAGCAAUGUGGUCCAUCAUUCAGUCGAUUGUGAGAGUCGCCACUCCAGAUUUUUUAAUUGAAAUAUGAGCAAAGAUCAUAAACCACGCGUUCGCAAACGAGCAACACAUAUUGUAACUGAUUCGAGGCCACGGUAUAAUUACGGAAGUGAGAAACCACUGUUUGUCUAUUCAUGUAUCUGUGGUCAAAUGUCCCUGAUAAUUGACUGUCUAGUAGAGAAACUACCAAAGCGUCCUAGAGAUGAUGCUAGAGUUAUUGAUGGGUCCAAACGUGCUCAUAAAACAACAGCUACGGCUGUUAAUCCACUCACUCCAAUUUAUAUACGUUGGCCAAAUGGAAUAGAGAAGCAGUUUCGCAGGUACUGCAAAAGCUGUGGAUUACCAAUCUUUUAUCGUCACAGUGCAGAAAAUUCAACGACUGAAUUUAUUUUAAAGAAUGCAUUAAAACUUCAAGAUGAUCAAGCUGCAUUAUCUGCAUCUAUGUUAUGUCCGAAACGACCAACUGCUGCGAAGCAUAUUGAUGAAAGCUCUGCUAAUGCCAGAUUACUUGAAGCAUUAGCUGCUGAGGCGGCUGCCUUACAGCAAAGUGAAGCAUCGAAUAACGCCCCAUUGCGCCGAAGUGUUCAACAACAAGAAACUACUCAAGGCAUUGAUACCGCUGUCACUGUUUCUACUAUUGAAGAUGAAGAAGAAGAAGCCGAAGCAAAAGAAAUAGCAGAUUCGUAUGCAGCCAAUGCUCGUGUCAUUGAACAAGAAAUGAUUCGACGUGGCAUCAUAAAACGCCGUUUGGUUGAUGAGGCCAAUGAAGAGGCUCAACAAAGGCGAAUUCGAGGGACGUUAAUUGAAAAGCAAUAAUUCCAACAAAGAACAAAAAAUCACUACGAAUCUAUGGUUGUUUCUUAUUUCUGUAAAUAAAAAGAUAUGUUAUGCUAUGGUUUUCUUUAGUUUCAGAACCAAAUUAAUUCUAAAUAACUACGAUCUUUUUCGAUUCAUUAAUGCUGAUUAAAAAAAGUGUAUUUUCCCAGUCAA